AUGUUCACCCCUAAGAAUCUCCACCUUCUAUUGAAGGCUGGUAAAGGAAGUCAGCAGCCGGUCAUAUUUCGUCGAUGCUUAGCAACCUCCAACUCCUCCAACGUUGAACUUACCUCAAACCAAGUUCAGAAGCCCACUGAAAACCCCACGAUCGCAGAGAAACUAGAGCAAGCACCCGGAGGGCCUGCGAAAGAGUGGGCCGACCGCUUGGAUAGCAUAAGUCGAAAAGCUCGGUUACCACGAAGUGUACAGGCUGUAUACCUACGACCGCUUCGAAAGCAAGCCGAAUAUGGUGUUCCUGUCUGCGAUCUGCAAUUAAGAUCUUACAGCGUGCGAAAUGUAGAGUUUUUCGCUGACUUUGCUUUGCGUGCCGCAUACUAUCUCAAACUUCCUGUCUCAGGGCCGGUACCUCUACCGCGAAUCACUGAACGCUGGACGUUCCCUCGAAGCAAUUUCGUGCACAAAAAGAGCCAGGAAAACUUUGAAAGAAUAACUCUUCGUCGGCUGUUGCAGGUCAAAGAUGGAGACCCCCAUGUUGUGCAAAUAUGGUUGUCUUUCCUGCGCAAGCAUGCAUUUUAUGGGGUGGGCAUGAAAGCCAACGUCUGGGAACACGAGAGCCUCGAUGUCGUCAAGGACAUGGACAAGCAUGUUCCUGCUAUUGAACAAUCCCUAGAUUCCCACUUAUCAGGGUUCGGUCACCGAGACAAGGAGGGACAUCUAAAGAUCUCAGAUUUCCUAGGUGACCAGAAACUCACCCGAACGGGUCCUUUGACUGAGGUUCGUGGAAACUGA